AUGCUGGCACCGGGAGAGGAUUGGUCCAACUCUGGAGAUUGGAUGUGGGAUCCCGGCUAUGGCUGGGCGACUUACGACGCGAGGGCAGAGACCUCGUGGAACUCAGGAAUGCACGAGCAGGUCGACUACCAGGCGUGGAAACACUACCCUGAACAGGCUAUGCAGGCCUACCCGCCAUAUCACUGGCAG